GUGUGUGUGUGUGUGUGUGUGAGAGAGAGAGAGGGUGUGUGUGUGUGUGUGUGUGAGAGAGAGAGAGAGAUAGAGAGAGGUUGAGAGAGGUAGUGAGAGUGUUGGGUGAGGGAGAGUGAGUGUGGACCAAUCACAGAAGCCGGGACUGUUUUUGUGAUUCGUCUCGCGGGCGCGCGCGCUGUUCAUUUCAGCACCACGGCGCGAGCCUGGACGCGAGCGCGCGACACCCAGCGUGUGGGAAACUGAAAAGGCUCGGCUGAAAGAGACGUGAGAUUGCUAGAUUGCUGCAGCAUGAGGCAGAGAGGACCUUAACGCUCGUUCUUCCCCCUCCGCUGUUUUCCUCCACCGCUCCCACACUCAUCCCUCGCUUCCUGCCACGCGUCACGUGCCGUGGACGUAUGAGGAGAAUGCGAAUUCCCUGCGGCGAGACCCCCGGCGAACAGGGGCCUCGACCUCGGGAUUAAGCAGAAGGAGCACAAAUGGUUUCAUCCACCGUUUGGCGUCACCACAACCUUUCGUUUAACGUAUUUGGAUUGUCGGAUUUGGAUCUUACCCCCUCGCUAAGUGCACCACCUCCGCUAUGAGGUCAGAACCUGUACACCUUAACCGGGCGCCAUGCUGGCUCCUCCUGCUCCUGAUGGCCGAGUUCUGCUACUGGCUUCCGUCCCUAUCUCAACGGCUGGAGCCUCCUCCACCCGCAGAGUACGCCCACUCCAUCCGUCUGGACGGAGACAUCAUCCUGGGCGGCCUGUUCCCAGUGCACGCCCGGGGAGAGCGGGGCGUGUCCUGUGGAGAGCUGAAGAAGGAGAAGGGAAUCCAUCGUCUGGAGGCCAUGCUCUUCGCCAUCGACCUCAUCAACAAGGACCCGGAGCUGCUGCCCAACGUGACGCUCGGCGCACGCAUCCUCGACACAUGCUCGCGAGACACGUACGCUCUGGAACAGUCGCUCACCUUCGUCCAGGCGCUCAUAGAGCGCGACAGCUCGGAUGUACGCUGCACCAACGGAGAGAUGCCCUUCUUUGCCAAGCCUGACAAGAUAGUCGGAGUCAUCGGAGCAUCUGCCAGCUCCGUCUCCAUCAUGGUGGCCAACAUCCUGCGGCUGUUCAAGAUUCCUCAGAUCAGUUAUGCAUCUACAGCUCCAGAGCUGAGUGAUAACACCCGCUACGACUUCUUCUCCCGCGUGGUUCCUCCAGACUCCUACCAGGCUCAGGCCAUGCUGGACAUUGUCACGGCCAUGGGCUGGAACUACGUCUCUACUCUGGCCUCAGAGGGGAACUACGGAGAGAGCGGAGUGGAGGCUUUCAUCCAGAUCUCCAGAGAAAUCGGUGGGGUGUGCAUAGCUCAGUCGCUGAAGAUCCCACGAGAGCCGAGACCAGGAGAAUUCAAUAAGAUCAUUGUUCGUCUGCUGGAGACUCCGAACGCCCGUGCCGUCAUCAUGUUUGCGAAUGAAGACGACAUCAGGCGAGUUCUGGAUGCUGCCAAACGGAGCAAUCAGACAGGUCACUUCCUGUGGGUGGGAUCAGACAGCUGGGGUUCUAAAAUCAGUCCGGUGAUCCAGCAGGAGCAGGUGGCUGAAGGAGCGAUCACCAUCCUCCCAAAACGAGCUUCAGUAGAAGCUUUCGACCGCUACUUCCGAAGUCGCUCACUCUCCAACAACAGGAGGAACGUGUGGUUUGCAGAAUUCUGGGAGGAGAACUUCAACUGCAAGCUGGGCAUGCACGCCAAACGACCCUGGAGCAAUAAAAAGUGUACAGGGCUGGAGAAGGUGGGCCGGGACUCGAGUUAUGAGCAGGAGGGGAAGGUUCAGUUUGUGAUGGACGCUGUUUACGCCAUGGCCCACGCUCUGCACAGCAUGCACCGAGACCUGUGCUUCGGAAACCCGGGACUCUGCGCCCGCAUGAGCAACAUCAACGGCAAGGAGCUGCUGGAGUACAUCCGCAAGGUCAAGUUUAACGGAAGUGCUGGAACUCCAGUUUCCUUCAAUCAGAAUGGAGAUGCUCCAGGACGAUACGAUAUUUUCCAGUAUCAGAUAACCAACAGAUCCACAGCGGAAUAUAAAGUGAUCGGAUCCUGGACAAACAAACUACACCUAAACGUAGACGUGAUGCGCUGGCGAACGGGCGACCCCACCCUGCCAGUGUCAGUGUGCAGUGUGCCGUGCCAGACGGGCGAGAGGAAGAAGAUCGUGAAGGGCGUGCCGUGCUGCUGGCACUGCGAGCGCUGCGAGGGCUACCACUACCAGGCCAGCGAGUUCAGCUGCGAGCUGUGCCCGUACGAACAGCGCCCGGACCGCAACCGCACCGGCUGCCAGCCCAUCCCCAUCAUCAAGCUGGAGUGGCACUCGCCCUGGGCGGCCGUGCCCGUCUUCAUCUCCGUGCUGGGCAUCCUGGCCACCAGCUUCGUGGUGGUGACCUUCGUGCGCUACAACGACACGCCCAUCGUGCGAGCGUCCGGCCGGGAGAUGAGCUACGUGCUGCUGACGGGCAUCUUCCUGUGCUACGCCAUCACCUUCCUGAUGAUCGCCACGCCCAGCCUGGGCGUCUGCUCCUUCCGCCGCGUCUUCCUGGGCCUCGGCAUGUGCUUCAGCUACGCGGCGCUGCUCACCAAGACCAACCGCAUCCACCGCAUCUUCGAGCAGGGGAAGAAGUCGGUGGCGGCGCCGCGCUUCAUCAGCCCCGCCUCUCAGCUCGCCAUCACCUUCAGCCUGAUCUCCGUGCAGCUGCUGGGCGUGUUCGUGUGGUUCGCCGUGGACCCGCCGCACACGGUGGUGGACUACGGCGAGCAGCGCACCUCCGACCCGGACAGGGCCCGCGGCGUGCUGAAGUGCGACAUCUCGGACCUCUCGCUCAUCUGCUCGCUGGGCUACAGCAUCCUGCUGAUGGUCACGUGCACUGUUUACGCCAUCAAGACGCGAGGCGUGCCAGAGACCUUCAACGAGGCCAAGCCAAUCGGAUUUACUAUGUACACUACCUGCAUCAUUUGGUUAGCUUUUAUACCCAUCUUUUUCGGCACGGCACAAUCGGCCGAGAGGAUGUAUAUUCAGACGACCACGCUGACGGUCUCGUUAAGUCUGAGUGCCUCUGUAUCGUUGGGGAUGCUCUACAUGCCGAAGGUCUACAUCAUCAUUUUCCACCCGGAGCAGAACGUGCCGAAGAGAAAGCGCAGCUUCAAGGCCAUCGUCACCGCCGCCGCCAUGUCCGGCAAACUCAGCCAGAAAGGAGGAGACCGACCCAACGGAGAGGUGAAGACCGAGCUGUGUGAGAGCAUGGAGACCAACACUUCCUCCACUAAGAUGACGUACGUGAGCUACAGUAAUCAUGCGAUCUGAGGCGGGACGUCCUCCAGGGGUACAGCCGGAGUGGAGUCUGUCCGGACCGGGACGCGUCGCGUGACGCCGACCUGCAGCCGGAGCUCCAGCGGCUACUGAGCAUGAGCCCCUCCCCCCUCACCUGCACCUCCAACUACAACCGGACGCACCACGGCAACCGCCUCCACCGAAACACCACGCCAACACCGCGGCCUUCCACCGCACUACAGCUACAGAUCCUGCCACACACUGUACACACUGUACACACUGUACACACACUAUACACAUACUAUACACUAUACACACAUAAGAUCCACUAUACACACUACUAAAACAAACAUACUACACACUCACUUACACUAUACACACACACACUAUACACACUGUACACUACACACACUACACACACUACACACACUACACACUAUACACAUAAGAUACACUACACACUAUACACUAUAAACAUACUAUACACAUACCAUACACUAUACACAUACUAUACACUAUACACACAUAAGAUCCACUAUACACACUACUAAAACAAACAUACUACACACUCACUUACACUAUACACACACACACACACACACACACACUAUACACACUGUACACUACACACACUCUACACACAUACUAUACACAUAAGAUACACUACACACUAUACACUAUAAACAUACUAUACACAUACCAUACACUAUACACAUACUUUACACUAUACACACUAUAUACAUACUAUACACACACUAUACACACUGUACACUACACACUAUACACACACUAUACACACUAUACACACAGUACACGUACUAUACACUAUACACAUACUAUACACUAUACACAUUACAUACACUAUACACAUAUUAUACACUAUACAUUAUACACAUUACAUACACUGUAUACAUUAUAAACACUAUACACUCACUGUACACUACACACACACUAUACACUAUCCACAUACUACAAACACACUAUACAUACUUCACAUUACACACACUAUACACACAUAAUAUCCACUAUACACACUACUAAAACAAACAUACUACACACACACUAAACACAUAUAAUACACACACACACACACACACACACACACACACACACUAUACAUUACACACACUAUACACACAUGAGAUCCACUAUACACACUACUAAAACAAACAAGCUACACACUCACACACUCAUACAAACACAAACUCAUGUAUACACACUAUACAAACACUACACACACUAAUACACACAUUUAUCUUUUACUCUUCUUUGUCUUCUUCAUCUCUUCAUCUUUUCUAUCCUUUCUUUUUUUCAUUUUUAUUUCUAUUAAUAUUUUUUUUCUUUUCCUCUUUUUUAUCUUCUUUCUUUUUUUGUCCUUCUUUAUUCACUCGUCUUUUUCAUCUUUUUACACACACACACACUCUUUACACACACAUUCUUUACACACACACACACACACACACUCAGUAAACACACAGCCAGAUGAACUGAGAUGCAGGUGUGAAGUCGUGACGAACAAAACACAGAGAGUUAAAAUAAAAAUUUUAAAAGUAUUUUAAAAAAAGCACACGCAAAAAAAGAAACAAGCACAUGCUGCAGUGCAAAAAAGAGACGUUAAAACAAGAAAACAGAGACGUUUACCCGGAACUUUUUGAGAUGUGGAUAUAAAAAGAGAAACUAUAUGAACCCUGUUUGUUGUUCUUCUUCUCGUAAGUAUUUUUGUGAUCGUGCGGAUUUUUUCAUUCUUGUUCCACGUUGUCUGAAACCUGCAUUCCGAGAUGAGAUGUCUCUUGUAUUGGCUAAUCGGAUCAUAGCUUGGGGUUGUGAAGCUGUAAAUGCCAUGGAUGACGCAUGCUAGUUUUUAUACAGAAAAAAAUCUGAUUUAUUUAUAAUAAAGGAAUGUUUUGCAAAUGUG